AUGCGGUUGUACGGUGAUGGAUUCUUGGCGGCAUUCGCGCAGAUCGCGGGCGUGUACUACGGCUCGUGUCUGCUGCUCGACCUCGCGGGGCACCUCUUCCCGGUCCAGGACGUGCAGCGCAGCCCGCAGCCCAAGGCCGACCGGCGGAGGGACGCCCUGCUGAGCCUGGGCGCGAUCGCCGUCAAGGCCGGCGUGCUGACGGCUGUCGAGCGCCUCCAGGCCGCGGGCGUCACGCAGCUGUACGAGGGCCCCGUCACCGGCCUGUCCCAGCUCGCGUACCUCGCCCUCUCCGUGGUCGUCCUGGACUACCUCCACGACUCCUGGUUCUACUGGACCCACUACUUCCUCCACUGGCGGCCCAUGUACAAGCACGUGCACUACCUGCACCACCGGUCGCGGCGGCCGACGCCGUACACGGGGUACGCGUUCCACCCCGUCGAGGGCGCGGUGGUGUUCGCGAACGAGAUCCUGGUCGCGCUCCUGUUCCCGUUGCACGCGGGCCUGCACCGUGCGUACCACCUCUUCACGACCAUCAUCCACACAGGCGGGCACUGCGGGUACGAGAUCGCGCCCUUCAUCCCGACGCUGGUGGGGCUCGCGACGCUCGGGACGCGCGCGCUGCUGGGGGCGGGCGGCAAGGCGGGCGCGGCGGGCGCGGCGGGCGCGGCGGGCGCGCAGCCGCGCACGAGCAAGUGGCUGAACACGGUGCAGCACCACGACAUGCACCACAGUCACCCGGGGGGGCACUUUUCGCUCUACUUCACGCACUGGGACCGGUGGGUCGGAACGCUGCACCCGAAGUACGACGCCAUCGUGGGCGGGGGGGCGACGGGGGACGCCCGGGCCGACGCGGGGAAGACGGGGCCAGCAGCAGAGAGCCCGCGGCCGCGCAGGGCAGCAGCGGUCGCGGCGCGCGCCGCGUGGCGGACGUGA